AUGGAGGAAGGAAAUCUCACCACAGUGACCAACUUCAUUCUCCUGGGUUUCACAACAAACCCUAAAUUGCAGCUGAUCUUAUUUGUACUGUUUCUAAUAAUAUAUAUUGUCAGCCUGGCAGGAAAUAUCACAUUAAUUGCUCUAAUCUGCAGUAGCUCUCACCUCCAUACGCCCAUGUAUUUCUUCAUUGGGAACCUUUCCUUCCUGGAUCUGUGGUAUUCCUCUGUAUAUACACCAAAGAUCUUGGUGAACUGCAUCUCUGAAGACAAGAGCAUUUCCUUUGGUGGUUGUGCCUCCCAAUUCUUCUUCUCAGCUGCCCUUGCCUAUAGCGAGUGCUACCUUCUGGCAGCCAUGGCCUAUGACCGUUAUGUGGCCAUAGCCAAGCCAUUGUUGUAUGCCACUGCCAUGUCCAGAAAGCUGUGCACAGCACUGGUGGCCCUCUCCUAUCUAGGUGGGUUCAUCAAUUCUACCUUAAUCACUAGUGAAACCUUCACAUUGAGCUUCUGUGAUGGCAACGUCAUUGAUGACUUCUUCUGUGACUUACCUCCAUUGGUGAAGCUAUCCUGCAAUGUGCCCAAGAGCUAUCAGUCCGUGUUGUACUUCAUUUUGGCUUCUAAUGUAAUUACACCCUCUGCACUUAUCCUUGCCUCCUAUGCCUUCAUUCUGGCUGCCAUCUUGAGGAUCCGUUCCACUGAAGGGAGACUGAAAGCCUUCUCCACAUGUGCCUCUCAUCUGAUUGCAGUUACUUUGUACUAUGGCUCCAUCCUCUUCAUCUACUCACGGCCCAGCUCCAGCUAUGCUUUGGAGAGGGACAAAGUGGUCUCUGUUUUCUACACAGUAGUGAUCCCUAUGCUUAAUCCCCUCAUCUACAGCCUCAGGAACAAGGAUGUAAAACAUGCUCUGAGGAAACUGGCAAUGAAAUGGAGGGCAGCAUGA